AACUGAAGAAUGAAUAUCUCCCUUCUGAUAUGUGUGUGGUCCAUAUGAAUGCAACAAUAACGCUCUGUUUCCUUGAACGCAUUCUGCAGUGUUCAUUGAUCAUUUUCUGAGAAGUUGCACAAAAAGUGACAUUUGUUCACUGCUGAUUUCUCAAAGUAAGUUUAAAUGUCGUUUUUUAAUGGUCACGACCUUUGAAUGUUUGGCUACAGAUCUGCUUUUUAAUGUGACUAAGGACUGCAUAGCUGAGGACAUGAAGCCUAUUCACUCAAGUCAAUAUUAAAUUACUACCAUUCUUGUGUGUCCUUGAACAGCUCAAGGGACGGCUGCAUUCAUUUGUAUUUUGGGCUUUCUGGUUUGGUUUUUAUCGCCCUGCAAGUUUACUACAUUCAAAUCAGAGCCAACUGGAAUGUAGUUUAGGGACUGUGUGGAAAUUACUGCAGCGGGGCCACUCAAUCUGCCUUUUUUUUAUAGCUGUAAACUAAAUUAUAUAACUAAACUGUGAUGAAACACUUUAAUGAUGGAGUUCAUGUUGAAAUGGUUUUACCCAUUACACAAUCGGUUUAAUAUUUGCUUGGGGUUAUUCCCUCUCAUCUCCACACCUCAACUCAGCCACAGUCAUCUCCGGUUUACUAUGUUCAACAAUCAUACGGAGAAGUGGGCUUCUCACAUAGUGACAUUACAGCUGCUCUAAUUGUGUAUCAAGAGCAAGGAAAUGAUCAGUGACAUCACAGACAUUUAGAUUUUUUUCAGCACUGCAAUAUUUCCAAAUGUGCAUGUUAUGGGUUAAAGUUAUGAUCCGAUAGGAUCAGUACCUGAGCAGAAAUGCAGCCAAAGAAAAAAUCACAUGGUAUUAAUACAUUUAAUCUGACCUUUUUCCAUGACGCAGGGCUAAGCCAUGAUUUGAUUUAUUCUGAUGGUUUUCCAACAGCUCCGUGGCUUUUUUGCCUUUUUGUCACAACAAAAAAAAAAGGAAAAUGUUUUUUCGUACGUCUGUUUGAUGAAUUAUCAUCGUGAGCCCAGACCAAAGGGACAAAUACAUUACGACUCCUGUGGAAGAUUAAAAAAAAUAAAAAAUACAACCACCAUUCCUCACCAAUUGAAUGAUGUUUAAUGUGAAGCAGCAACCAUGUACAAAUGCAGUCGAGUGUGAUUUCUGCAAAUACAAAAAGCACGUAGGUAAACAAGUUCACACGGGCGGAGAGAGCUGCAGUCAGGUGGCAGGAAACAGAAAUGCGGCGGGGAAAAGGUCUCCGAGUUGUGAGGCUCAGGUCAGGUGGCUGGAAAACAAGAGCACAUUGACAAUGUGACAGGAAAUGACUGGCCAUGGUAAUGAUGCAGGAAAGUGGAAACACGUGAGCAGGGGGAAGUAGAAGUCCGUCGUCUGGGACAGUUGCAAGAGUCUGAGGGCAUCUGGUUGGUAGAUGUACGUUGACAUUGGCUGCAGCGGUAGACAACUCUGAGUUUAAUGCAUGCCUCAUGUCUCCUGUAAUCCUCAUGCAUCUGAACUUGAACAGUGCAGGAAUGGCCAAAUUGCAAAAACAUGGGAUACCAAUAGACCCUUCCAUCCGUUUGUAACUGAGGUAUUUAUGUGAGAACAGCCGAAUACAGCGGAUUGCACAAGUCAGAGUGAUUGAUUGUGAAGGCCUCAACAAAAACUCUGAUUUCACUCUCAACUGUUUUUAAUUCAAUUUGUAAAGCUUGCUUAUUGAAUGCCUGGAGGGAGGAGGUGGGGGAACUCUUUAUGAAAAAGGGGCUAUUUCGGUAAAGAGGCUGCAUCUCAGGAAAACUGUAAGGAUUCUAACUUUUUAGGAUACAUUUAACUUCUAUGUGUUAGGUUGACCAUUCACACAUUGGCAUGGUCUUUAGAGAGAGAGAGAGAAAGAUAUUUUAUAAAUCCAGAACUAUUGAGAGGCACAUCUACUGUCACAAACUGAAUUUAAAUGAAAAACAAUAGCAACGGAAAGGGAAGAAGUGUUGGCGUUGCGUGAAAGACGUCCACGUAUUGUUGCAGAGGUAUCUACUGAGAUGAAGCAUGCUACCAUCUGUACCUCGAGAGGAGAUGGAGAGUCACUCUGGCAUCUGUCCAGAGGGCGUGUCCAUACGGCAUCCGUGGUCUGUGUGCGUUUCAUGAAGAAACGUAGUUUUGUUUAUCGGAUUAGUCAGCAAACUUUCUGCUGCUGCCGUCACUCAGGUGAGACCGGCUGUCGAUUAUCGGCACUGUAGUUUGCGCGGCCCCUCCCAUUGGUGGGGGACUACCCCUCCAUGGUAACUAUUGUGUUGUUCACUUUUAACAAUGAAAUGUUUUAUGUAAUGACUAUAUUUGGAUACAAUCCGGCACACAAUAACUGUGAACAAGAAUCUUCCACUCCCCUUUUCCAAACCGUAACUUCACGGCCAAAUGACUCUCUAAAUCCCUUCUGUGUUUCAACCCGCAAACCUUAACCGCCCAAAACAUUUUCUCAGCUUUUUUCUUAAACCCCUCUUAAAAAUGAUUCAUAUUCAGCCGAUAACCAAGACCAUCUGUUCAAAUAGGCCCAUGGUGUCCAAAAAGGAAUGUGGAUAAAUGGUAGUUGAGCUCAAGAGAGCUGUUUUGUAUCGCUUCACUCACUAAACGUUUCUCUCAGUUUAUUGUAAGUGAAUAUUUGAGCCUGUUGGGACUCACUUCACGGCUCUCGUCUUGAGUUACCCCGCUGGGGCUUUGUUUUCUUUUCAUCUUCCGGCUUCACAUGUGUUUCUGCCCUCCACACCAGGGUGAAGAUGGUGUAUCUAUCUUGGCUGUUCGUGGGGGUGAUGGCUCACGUGUUCGUCCCCGGCUUCGGGUCCGUUUGCUGGGACAAAUCUCAGUGCAACGACCUGAGCAACAAGGGAAGACUGAUGGAGUGCAUUCGCCUCUGCAUAUCUGCCAUCAGGUCUGAAUUCCCUCAGCUCAGUGCACUGGCCCUGAAGGUGAAUAACAAUGAGGACGACCUCCUCCUCAGCAUCAUUCUGGCCGCCCUGGUGUCUGAAGACAAGCUGUCCCAGUCGGAUCUGAAAGCCCACAGAGACGGACGACGCUCCUAUUCCAUGGAGCAUUUCCGCUGGGGCAAACCCUCUGGCCGCAAACGUCGCCCCGUAAAGGUGUUUGCCUAUUCUCUGGAGGAAGGGGGCUCUUUUGAAGGCCGUUUCCCCCAUCCGUCUCGCAGGCAGCUGGGCCGCCUCGAGGAUGAAGUGAGGGAGGUGAACUACGGAGGAAGUCAACACCAGGGUUUGCCCAGGAUCGACCUGAAGUCACACGUCCCAAUGAGCCUGCAGGAGAGGAAAGAUAGAACCUAUCGGAUGAAUCACUUCCGGUGGGGGAGCCCACCUGCCUCGAAACGUAACGGCAGGGAACGGCUUAGGAAACGGAAAAUGAAGAAACCUCAGAGGCAGCUGGACAAGCUCCUCGUGAAUAUUGCACGCAAGGAUGUGCAGAGGAUAAUGGGCUGAUUGAAAGAUGGAGGGGGGCGGGGGGAGGUGGUUUGGGCUGAAAGAAUCUUAAUUGCAUGUCAGCACGCUAUUACAGACACUAUCGUUAGCAUGUUGUUGAAUCUCUUCUGGGACAAAGGUUGUCCUCAUCGAAACACCUCAGCUAAAAAUAAGAAACAAGGCCCUUUUAUUUUUGAAAGAAAGCAACAAUGCACCCGCAUGACCUUCUCGGUCUGAAUGAAGCUGAAUGAGACGGGCGCGCUGCUCGUGUUUAUUUUUUUUCUUCUUUUUGAAGGAAUAGUCUCAUAUGUUUUGAAAAAGAGAGAAUGCCAUUCCAGGGAAAGAGGUGAGUGUAAAAGAAGAAGAAAAAUAUCCAGUUUAUUUACAGGGUGGUAUCACUUUUUUGUAAAUUAUAAUAAUAAUCCUAAUAAUAAUAAUAAAGAUCAUUCCGUUUGUGGCAAUAAUCAAA